AUGAUAGAAGUUAUUGUAAGUGAUAGAUUGGGUAAGAAGAUUGUAGUCAAGUGCUUGGAAGAAGAUACGGUAGAAGAUUUUAAGAAAAUGGUUUCAUUACAGAUGGGUGGGUCAUCGUAUAAGAAAUUGGUAUUGCAAAAGGGUAAUUCUGUGUUGAAGGAUCACAUUACACUCGAAGAUUAUGAAAUACACAAUGGCACACAUCUGGAGUUGUAUUAUUCCUAG